UCUAUUUAGGCAGGGAUUCUAGCGUGGAACCACCCUAUUCAGUCGUAUAGAAAACUGUAAUUCACUAGCUAGAGCUUCUUUACUUCUGAAAAUCAUUAAUGGCAAGUAAAAUCUCCAGCACCCCCGAUGAGAUCCCACAGAGAAAGGUGCCAAUGGACGAUGUUACCGUUGAUGCUGGAAUGAAGAAAGAUCUCCCGAAGGUUCAUGUAGCUAAAAAGCCAUCAGUGAUGCCAGUGCCCAAAUUUUACCUACCACCGAAACCAAUGGGGUACAUGGCACAAAACGGUAGGCGCGCUGGGUUGCAAAUGUCCGAUUCUUUUGAUGAUGAUGAUGAAUUUGAUGAUGAUGAUUAUUCCGAUGAUGAUGAGUUCUUCACAGCUACAAACAUGAAUCCAGAAUUGUUCAAGGCUUUAAAAGGUGGUAACAUUGCUUUCAUAGAAAAAGCACGAGAUAUGGAAUCUUCUCACCUCUUCGACACAAGCCCCAAGUUAAAUACAAUCCUUCAUGUUGCAGCAAGCUCGGGCCACGAGAAGGUUGUAAAAGUGAUUCUCGAGACCAAAGGGUGCCAACAACUUGUCAUGAGAAAGAACUCCGCUGGUGACCUUGCUCUGCAUGUUGCUGCAAGUGCUGGGCAUCUUCCUAUAGUUAAACUUCUGCUUUCAGCAUCAUACCAGCAUCUGGAGGAAUCUCAAUGUAGUUUCGAACCACUGAAGGAGCAAAACAAGAGAGGGAAUACUCCACUGCACUUGGCCUUGAUAAACAAGUACCAAGAGGUGACCUUCAAAACCAAGUACAAUGAGGUGGCCAGAUUCUUGGUUGAGACAGAACCAGUGGUGACCUGUUAUUCGAUAAAUAAGGAAAACAAGUCUCCUUUAUAUAUGGCGGCCGAAGCAGGAGAUGUUGAACUUUUGGAGAUCAUGUUGAAUAAAUUCCCUUGCCUGCAAAAUGUGGCUGGCAAAUCGAUUGUGCACCCUACCAUUUCUUGUGCCUUUACUACAAAGAACAUAGGUAUCCUAGAUACUGUUUUGAGAAAAAUGCCACAUCUCAUCACGAAUCAAGAUAUUACAGGGAUGACUCCCCUUUCCCAUGCGGCAUCAAUAGGAUUCCUUGACGGGGUUCAGUGCUUAUUAGAAAAAGCAUCAGACUGCGGAUAUAAAAUGGACCUGAAUGGCUUUUUUCCAAUUCACACAGCUUCCAAAAAAGGACAUAUCGAGGUAAUUGAAUUUUUUCUAAAACAAUAUCCGGAUAUGAGUGAGUUGCUCAACCAAAACGGUCAGAACAUUUUGCAUGUAGCUGCUGUGAGUGGGAAAGCCAAAGCGGUAGCUUAUAUGCUCAAAAGAGAUAACCUUGAAAUGCUUAUCAAUGAAAAAGACAAUUAUGGAAACACUCCUUUGCAUUUGGCCUCCAAGGAAAGGCAUCCUAAGGUAGUGAGCAUUUUAACAUGGGACAAAAGAGUAAGCUUGAAGUCGUUAAAUAAUUUAGGCAAGACAGCUCUCGACGUUGCUGGUGACUAUAGUACUGUAGAGUUUCCCUCAUUUCGAGAGCAAUUGACACGGCAAGCCUUGAGAUAUGCCGGCGCCCCACGAGCUCCUCGAAGCACUACGAGCAAGAACAUGCAAAUUAUGAUGCCUCCUUUGAAGCUACACAACGAAGACAAAUACAAGGACAGAGUUGGCACUCUCUUGUUGGUUGCAACCCUCGUGGCUACUGUAACCUUUGCAGCGGCUUUCACCGUGCCCGGUGGUUACAACGGCUCUGGAGGUGUGGCAACUUUUCUAGAAAAGCAGAUGUUCCAAGUGUUCGUAAUUUGCAACACCAUAGCUAUGUAUAGUGCCAUUGCUGUUGUUGUCACUCUCAUCUGGGCACAACUCGGUGAUCUUAACUUGGUUAUUGCUGCCUUUAAGUUCGCUGUGCCAAUUUUUGGGUUAGCUCUAACAAUGGUCUCCGUAGCAUUCAUGGUAGGUAAUUAUCUAGUAUUAAGAAACCUCAACUGGCUUGCCUAUCUAGUUUUAAUCAUUGGCUCAUUCGUCCACCUUACUCUCUUGAUACUAUUUUCUCCACUUUGUUUUCCCAGUUCCUUACACCAUCGUUUUCUUCGCUACAUCCUUUACUACCCAUUUUGCCUUUUGAUUAAAGUUACUAGGAGUGACACUGAUGAUAGGAAAGAAGAAUAAUCUCCUUUACGUAUGUUAUAUGUAGUUUGCCAUUGUGUAUGCCUUUGGCAAUGCAUUCCAAAAAGGGGGAGUUGGUGUUUUAUGGGGGUUGAAGGUUUUAGGGGUAGAACUUCUAUGUUGUUGUUGCUGUUUUUUUUUUUUUUUUUGGGUCUAGUCUUGAUACGCUAUGCUUUCAUUUGUUUUGAGCUGUGUUGUAACUCUAUAUUUGGUAUCAGACUUAUUAUGUUAUGUUCACUUGCUUUACUGCUUAAAUGAUUCUAUCUUUAUAUUA